GACCUAGAGGCAAAAGAAAACAAAAUUUAAAAGUAAGAGCAAGAAUUCAGUGGGAGACCUGAGGGCGGCUUCUGCCCGGAACAUCUGGGCGGACCCCGCAGAGUCACAGCGACAGUCCAGGGAGCAGCGCUGGAAGUUGCUGAACUUUGAAUAACUUUGGAGACUGUUUCAUGGAAAAGAGCGCGGCUGUCGCUGCGUUUGGGUUUGUAAUCAGCAUGUUCAGAGCGGGUGUCUCGGUACUGCUGGUGAUCUGCUCUGUGGGCUCUGCAGCAGGGCAAGGCUUCGGACUGAGCAGUAAUAACAGCAAGUCUCCAUCGGACUGGAUUUGGAACAAAGUGCACUGCUGGGAGGGCAUGAAAGAGCCCAUACAGAUUGGAAAGAUCCAGUCAGUUUGGCACAAGGAAGGAAAAACUAAAUAUCAAAUCCAGGGUGAGGGAGCCGGCACUAUAUUUAAGGUGGACCCCGACACUGGCGAUAUUGUUGUCUAUAGAGAGCUGGAUCGGGAGACGAAGGAUCAUUACAAAUUACAAGGAACUGUGAUUGACAAGAAAACUUCGCAGCCAGUUGGCCCUGUCACCAACUUUACCAUUCAAGUAAUGGACAUCAAUGAUAAUGCACCCAUAUUCAUCAAAGAUCCAUUCAAUGGAACCGUCGCUGAAAUGUCCAGCAAUGGAACCUCUGUUCUGACUGUCAGUGCUCAUGACCCAGAUGAUCCAACAGUUUACAAAAAUGCCAAAGUAACAUACAAAAUUCUGAGCAAGCAGAAAGAUUUCGUCAUGGACCCACACACUGGAAUCAUAUAUGUACACAACUCAGAACUGGACAGAGAAACGAAGAAAAAUUAUCAGCUGGUAGUACAGGCCAAGGACAUGGAAUUUGAAACAGGAGGAAGGAGUUCUUCAGCAACUGUGUACAUCUCUCUGACCGACAUCAAUGACAACGCACCCUACUUUGAGAAAAGCGAAUAUAUCUAUAAGGUGCCAGAAAACACCUCGGUUGGAGUUGAAUUUGGACGAGUGGAGGCAAAGGAUCUCGAUGAAGGAGAGAAUGCGAAGAUUUUGUACACAAUUGAACCUAACAAAAUGCUUCAGAUCACAACCCAUCCAAGUACACAGGAGUGUGUGAUAAUGCUAAAAAAGCCCCUAGACUUUGAGACCAAGCGACUACACCGUGUGCGAGUGGAAGCAGAGAACCCCACGCCAGUGAAGGGGAAACGGUACAAGGACAGCACCACACUGGUGAUCGAGGUGCUGGACGUUGACGAGCCUCCAGUGUUCAUCCAUUCUCCGUACCGCUUCCAGGUGCGUGAGAACCGGCCCAAGUCCACUCGCGUGGGACUUGUUUCUGCAGAAGACCCGGAUCAGGCAAAGAAUCGCAUCAGGUAUUCUUUACAGAAUGGGACAAACCUAUUCAGAAUUGAUGAUAAUGGAAUAAUUUACACCAGCGAGCCACUGGAUCGAGAAGAGGCUGCGUCGUACAGCAUCACAGUGGCUGCCAGUGAAGUGGGCAAGAGUAAUUCGGUAUCCAGUACAUCUGUACUUAUUGCAGUUCAGGACGAAAAUGACAACGCACCAACGCUUGCAGACAGUUACUCUCCCCAAGUGUGUGAGAACGACCCAAUUGGAACUGUAAUCGAAAUGAUCUCUGCUGUUGAUAAGGAUGAAAUGACAUCAAAUGUUAAAUUCUCCUUCAGUAUUCCACUGAAGGUCAGCAACUUCUCUGUGAAAAACAACGGCGAUAACACUGCCAACAUCACCGUGAACCAGGCUGGCUUCGAUCAAAAUGAGGUUCGAGAGUACUUCGUCCCCAUCAUUGUUUCCGACAACGGAUCACCAAGCUACAACAGCACCACCACUCUAAAAAUUAGAGUGUGUCCCUGUGACCAAGACCGGAACCCAAUCUAUUGCAACAACGGCCCCAGCCCCCUCGUCUCAAGCGUUACCGUCACCAUCUUGUAGAUAAUCUUUCCCUGUUUCAUCGUUAUUCUAGAUAAUGGAAUUUUCAAUAUUUGGAGAUUUCUGCAUCCUAAGGACAAAGAGUUUUCAUUUUUCUCACAUGUUUAUCAUUCUUACUCGAGAAUUGACUAAUUUUUCAUUGACUCUCGUUUUAUUCCAUCUGUAACUGAUUGUAAUUAUGACAUUAUAGCCAUCUCUGAUCAUGCUCCAAUGAAACUUUCUAUUAAAUUAAUGGAUACAGCUUCUAGUACUAAGCAAUGGCGAUUUGAUUCUACUUACUGCAAGAUCUGGAUUUCAUUAAAUUUAUGAAGGAACAGAUUGAUUUCUUCUUUUCAACUAAUUCCAUGAAAUUUCCUGCGGAAUACUUUGGGACACUUUUAAAGCAUAUAUACGUGGACAGAUUAUCUCCUAUUCUGUUGGUUUGAGAAAACGUAUUAAGAAGGAAACUCUUUUAUUUGUUGAUAAGAUUAAAGAAAUUGACAAGAAAUAUUUGAUUGCUCCUAGUAAGGAGCUUUACAAAUAAAGAGUUGAGCUUCAAAUGGAACACAGUUUAUUACUUACAUCUUCAAUUGAAAAUCAAUUAAUGAAAACCAGAACUGAUUUUUAUAUACAUGGUGAUAAAUCGGGUAAACUGUUAGCUAACCAAUUGAAAAAUGCUUCGGUUAAAUGUCAAAUUAUUAAGAUUUGUCAACAGAAUGGUGAACUGACAGUUAACCAUGAUGAGAUAAACAAAUCUUUUCAAGAUUUUUAUACCUCCCUGUAUCAUUCUGAAUUUCCUCAUGAUCAUAAUACCAUGCAUGAUUUUCUAGGGAAAUUGAAUUUUCCAAAAUUAUCAUCGGAAGAACUUUUAAAAUUAGAAACUCCUAUGCGGAUGCAGAAAUUAAAGGUGUUAUUUCCUCUAUGGAUUCUAGGAAAGCACCAGGUCCAGAUGGGUAUACAGUGGAAUUUUUAAAGUGGUUUUCCUCUACUCUUUCUCCUUGGUUAUGCAAGGUUUUUGAAGAAGCAAUUAGACUAGGUAAAUUGCCACAAUCUUUUUAUAGAGCUUCCAUUUCUUUAAUAUUGAAAAAAGAUAAAGACCCUACUGACUGUGCAUCCUAUAGACCAAUAUCCUUAUUGAAUGUAGAUUCCAAGAUCUUUUCCAAGUUACUGGCGACCAGGCUGGAGAAGGUAUUACCUCAAAUUAUCUUGGAAGAUCAAACUGGUUUUAUUAAAAAUCGCUAUUCUUUUUUCAAUAUUAGGAGAUUAUUGAAUAUUGUUUAUACUCCUUCACGCAGCACCUCAGAAUGUGUCAUUUCAUUAGAUGUGGAGAAAGCAUUUGAUGGAGUUGAAUGGCCAUAUUUAUUUACUGACCUUGAGAAGUUUAAUUUUAGUCCGACAUUUAUAUCCUAGAUUAAAUUGAUAUAUCAUACUCCAGUAGCCUUGGUUUUUACUAACAAUCAAAGAUCUCCCUUUUUUCAUUUAUUUCGGGGUACCAGGUAAGGCUGUCCUCUUAGUCCAUUAUUAUUUGAUAUUGCUAUAGAACCUUUGGCAAUUGCUAUUAGAGAAUCACCUAACAUUUUUGGCAUUACUCGUGGAAUGGAUAUACAUAAGUUAUCAUUAUAUGCAGAUGACUUGUUAUUAUAUUUUUCUGAUCCUGAGAAAUCCAUUCCUGCAGUUAUAUCAUUGUUAGCUCAGUUUAGUAAUUUUUCCAGGUAUAAAUUGAAUCUUGAUAAGAGUGAAUUGUUCCCCUUAAAUAGACAGGUUCCAAUUUAUGAAAAUUUACCUUUUAAAUUAGUUAAUGACUUUUUUAUAUACUUAGGGAUUAAAGUUACAAAAAAUCAUAAGGAGUUAUUCAAGAUUAAUUUUUUACCCUUAAUUGAUCAAAUUAAAUGUUUGUUCACUAAAUGGUCACCAUUGUCUUUAUCUCUGAUAGGUCGGAUUAAUGCUUUUAAGAUGAUUAUUUUACCCAAGUUCUUAUAUAUAUUUCAAGCGGUACCAAUUUUUAUUCCAAAAUCCUUUUUUGACAAUGUUGAUUCAAAAAAUUUCCUCAUAUAUAUGGCAGAACAAAAAUCCUAGAUUAGGUAAAAGAUAUUUACAGAAGGCAAGGAAGGAUGGUAGAUUGGCAUUGCCUAAUUUUAGAUUUUAUUAUUGGGCAAUUAAUAUUCGAUAUUUGAAAUGUUGGUUAAGGGAUUGGGAUUUAUCUCCUAGCCCUCAUUGGGUAAAUCUGGAAACUAAAUCUGUACAAGGAUUUUCAUUGGGUUCUAUUUUAGGGACUUCCCUUCCCUUUGCUCUUUCUAAAUUGCAUAAACGAAUUGACAUUCCGAUAGUCAAACACACUUUACGUAUAUGGUUUCAAUUUUGGAAUUUUUUGGGGGUUGAAUCAAUUUGUUUUAACUAUUCCUAUUGUAUCCAAUUUCUUUUUUCACUCUUCUUUUAUGGACCAAGCUUAUUCAGCUUGGAAGAUUUAAGGAAUACUACGAUUUUCUGAUUUAUUUUUGGAUAAUUGUUUUAUGUAAUUUGAACAAUUAUCUAAUAAAUAUAAUUUGCCCAGAUCUCAUUUUUUUUAGAUAUUUACAGAUUAGGAAUUUCUUAAACACUGUACUUCCUACCUUUCCAAAUCUUGAUUCUUCGGGUAUUUUGGAGAAAUUGUUAGAACUAAAUCCUUUUCAGAAAGGUGUAAUAUCAAAAGUUUACAAUAUAAUUAUGAAAAUACAUUCAGAGGCCUUUUAUAAGAUUAAAAAUGAUUGGGAAAGAGAACUUAACUUUACUAUCCCUAUUGAGAAUUGGGAUAAAAAUUUUCAACUAGUUAAUUUAUCCUCUAUAGGUGCUAAACAUUCAUUGAUACAGUUUAAAGUUGUGCACAGGGCUCAUAUGUCCAAGGAUAAAUCGGCUCGUUUUUAUUCCCAUAUAAAUCCUAUAUGUGACAGAUGUCAUUCUGAGAUAGCUUCUUUAACUCAUAUGUUUUGGUCAUGUCUGCUUUUGAAAAAAUAUUGGAAAGACAUUUUCGAUAUUAUUUCCACAGUAUUGAACUUUGAUUUACAAUCUCAUCCUAUUACUGCAAUCUUUGGUUUACCAAUGAUGGAGUCAAUCCAUUUAUCUUCUUCUGCUUGUCGGAUGAUUGCAUUUCUUACAUUAAUGGCUAGAAGAUCUAUUUUGUUGAAUUAGAAAGAAAUUAAUCCCCCUACCAUGUUUCAUUGGUUUUCUCAAACUAUGUUAUGUCUAAAUUUGGAGAAAAUUAGAAGUGUCGUAUAUGACCCUUCUAGUAAAUUUGAAAAGAUUUGGAGGCCAUUUAUUCAAUAUUUUCACAUGAUGUAAUUUGACCCUGUUCCAAUCCUAUUUGUUUUUUCCGGUUUUGCUUUUAUAUAUAUAUGUUGAGAGGAUCGGAGUUGGGGACACUGAUGAUUUUGUAAUUUUUUUUAUAGAUACUAUAAACAGCCCAUUUUUUUCUUCUUUUUUUUCUUUAAUAGUGGUUAGUUUGUUAGUUUAGUUUUUCUUAGGGUAUUAAUAUUUUUUUUCUUUUUCUCUUUUCUGUUUUUUUUUCAACAUGAUUUACUUAGUUUUUUUUGUUUCAUUUAUAUGACAUUUGUAUCAUUCAUGAUUUGGGAAGACAACUAUAUUGUACUUAUUGCUUGUGUAUCCUUUUAUGUUCAUUUUAAUUUUGUAAGUUUGUAAUCCCAUUAUCUAUGUACUAAUCUUAUCAUGUUGAUAUUAAUAAAAAGAUUGAAAAAG